UUUGCACCUGAGGUAGCAGCGGCGCGCUGCUUUGCUUGUUUAUUCUUAUUGCAGGCGCUUCUAGCUGUGCUUGUAGUACACACUUUACCGUUACAACAGGCGCGCUAAUCUGUUUGCUGAAUAUCGCGCUCUACCUUACCCGCUCUUGCUUAGCUCCUAGACUACAGUAUUACAUUAUGAACAGUGCAAUUUGAUGACGAAAACGCGUAGUGGAUAAACAACUGAGUAGGUAUAGUUGUUUGGAGUCUUAAGUUUCCGCAAGUCGGCGUCGCGCCGAUACGCAACAAAGUUUCGCGUGAUAAAAAUGUAGUUGUAAGAUUCAGAUUUUCAAACCGAGUGAUUUUGCCGCUAUUUUUUGACGUUUGAUAAAUGGACAAAAAUGUCAUCUCUGGCUGCAUCAUAGCUGGAUGAAGCGUUAGUUGAAUUAUUUUAUUAUGGACAAAAAUGGAAGAAUAAACUUUUUCUUCUUUUUGUAUAAGAAUGCAGAAUGACGACAAUUUUCUGAAAACCUGAAUCUACUCAUGGCAAAGUAACCAGGAAUUAUGACCCUUACGCGUACCCCGUGUGAGCUCGACAAGAUGAGCCUUUUCCAAGAUCUGAAACUGAAAAGGAGAAAGGUCGAUUCAAGAUGCAGCAGUGACGGCGAAUCGGUCGCCGAUACCAGCACGUCAUCGCCAGAUCUCGUCAUCCCGUCGUCACCCAAAAUGUCGGACGCCGUGCUCAAUCCGCCCAGUCCAGAUUCGACGCCCAUCCACACUCAGAUGAUCAAACCUGAGCCCACACUGGACAAGGUAUCCAACAGACUUGAAGAUUCAGGAGUGUUCGACGGAGGUGGUGGUCCGGUUUCAGCGCCAAUAGGACCAGUAACCACUGCCAGUGUCAUUCGAAGUUUGAGAAGUCAAAGUCCACCAGCUUUACGACCAGCACCACCAUUCAGUCCAUCCCUACCGCCUCGCCCGCAUAGUUCACCUGGUAGACCGGCUAACACAAGUCCUGUGAUCAAACAUACGCCUCUCUUGCUUCAUCAUCCCACCACACCGAGUCCGCCUAGGAACCUUACACCAACAUUGCUUUCCGGUUCUGAAUCUUCAUCAGCUUCAAAUUCAUCAUCGUUUGCCGCGCAAUCACGACAAAGAGGUGUCAUUAUUAGUCAGCCCCAAGCCGCUUUAGUGCAAAGCCAGUUAUGGUUAAAGCACCAACGAAUCAACGGAGUAAAGCCAGAACUGAUAGGGGGCAGCUUCGGAACGCAAUCACCAACGCACGUUCCAGAUUUACGAUCACCAGGCAGUCCGAUUUCGAGGACAACUACUACGCAACCAGUGCGACAAACACCUACUGUUAUCAUGGGAGAAGCUGGCGGAGUACGUACCAUGAUCUGGUCGCAACCAGCUAUGUGUAAUACUCCAACUUCGCCAACUGGUUUAGAGCCGCCAUUGUUUCCUACAACAUCCACAUGGUCUCCUGCAGGAAGCCCUCUAACAAAUCCAGAAGAGAGUGCUGCGCAAAUGCUUUUGAAUCUAGGCCAGGAUAACCGAUUAGGACGAAUACCUGUAAGCAGAUCCAUGAUCUCACCUCAAUCGCCUUCCCAAUCAGCUCCAUCCAUGUCUCCAGCUCCUUUAAACAUGGAAAGGCUUUGGGCAGGUGAUCUUCGUCAAAUUCCUUUAUCGCAACAAACUCAGGCCCUGAAUCUCACCUCACCUACAGGUCUAGGACCUCCGAGUUUAUUUCCUAGUACCCCAGAUUUAAGACUGGUCGGAUUAGGUCUUGAGACCAGCACAGGUAAUGAACAGCAGGAACAGGGCGAAGAAGAAGAAACACCAAUGAUUUGUAUGAUCUGUGAAGACAAAGCUACGGGAUUACAUUACGGAAUAAUAACGUGCGAGGGCUGUAAGGGGUUCUUCAAACGGACAGUUCAGAAUCGGAGAGUGUACACGUGCGUGGCGGAUGGAAAUUGUGAGAUUACUAAAGCCCAAAGGAAUCGGUGUCAGUAUUGUCGAUUUAAGAAGUGCAUAGAACAGGGAAUGGUUUUACAAGCGGUACGAGAAGACAGAAUGCCCGGCGGAAGAAAUAGCGGAGCUGUAUAUAAUUUGUACAAAGUGAAAUAUAAGAAGCAUAAAAAGCCUAAUAAGACGGCGAUGAAGAAUCAGGAGAAAAGCAUACAGCAGUUUAAAGCGGAGCAGCAACAGCAGCAGCAACAACAGCAACAGCCUGCAGGGAUACCAUCGAAUUUAGUCAACGGCACAAUCCUGAAAACAGCUUUAACCAAUCCCAGCGAGGUGAUCCGGCUGCGGCAGCGGCUGGACAGCGCAGUGUCCAGUUCGAGGGACCGUAACUUUUCUGUGGACUACGCGCUGUCCAUGAUCAAAACUCUGAUCGACUGUGAUGAGUUCCAGGACAUAGCGACGCUACGAAAUCUGGACGAGUUGCUCGACCACAACACGGACCUUAGCGAGAAAUUGUGCAACAUUGGCGAUUCGAUAGUUUAUAAAUUAGUGCAAUGGACGAAGAGACUACCUUUUUACCUGGAACUGCCCGUUGAAGUCCACACGCGGCUGCUGACGCAUAAAUGGCACGAGCUACUCGUGCUUACCACGUCAGCUUACCAAGCCAUUCAAAAGGCGGCCAACGAGCAACAGGUGCAGCAGCAGACGUCUACCACGCUCAUUGAACCGGACUUUAACCAGGAGGUGGAAACCAACUUGUGCACCUUACAAAACUGUUUGACGUCGAUGAUGGGACGGGAGAUAACGAUAGAACAGCUAAGGCAAGAUGUGGGACUGAUGAUCGAAAAAAUCACUCAUGUAACUCUCAUGUUUCGACAGAUUAAACUGACUUUGGAGGAAUAUGUGUGCCUUAAAGUUAUCACAAUGCUUAAUCAAGCAAAACCGAGCAGUGGUUCGACCAACAAUGAACUGGAAACCAUCCAUGAGCGAUAUAUGACUUGCCUACGUGUUUACACACAACACAUGUAUCCUCAGCAAACGACCAGAUUUCAAGACUUACUAGUUAGAUUACCUGAGAUACAGUCUGCAGCAUCCCUACUAUUAGAAAGUAAGAUGUUUUACGUUCCUUUUUUACUAAAUUCUGCGAUUCAGAGGUAGUAGCGAGCCUGCACUGAUUAUUGGAACUUAGGUGAAAUGAAAUAAUAUAGUCUCUAAUGCUAUAUUAUUGCUAUCAGAAAUUAUAAUGACUUAUAUAUGUUGGAUGUACAUAUAUAAAUAAAACAAAAAGUCGUAUCUAUAGGUAGAUACAUAUUUUAGAAACAAACAAAAAAAAACCUUCGGUCUAUACGUCGUCGUUAUAUUUAAUGAAAAAAAUUACUCGUUAAUUUUUCGGUUUGUUAUGUCGAUGCUCGGAUUUUAAUUAUAAUAGGAUGCGAUUUUCCCGUAUUCGAAUGGACUGAUGUUUAUUAAUAACAAUAUGAAACACCACGAGACGCCCAAAGGAAAAAUAAUAUCUAUUUUACUUUCUUGUCAACCAUUUCUAGUCUAUUUUUACCCUCUUAUAGUUUGUUUUUCUUUGUAUCUUACCCCUUCGUUUUAAAUUUUACCUAUCUUUCAUGUUGUGUUUUUAUUUAUUUUUUAUUUGUUUAGUUCCUUAUUUUUUUCUAUUUUGUAAAAAAGAUGUUAUUUUUCCAAAACUGAAAAAAAAUUACGUAUUAUUAUAAUCCUAAAAUGUAAUAAAGACUUGCAUAUUGAUGCAUUUUGUAUUACCCAGUUUACCUUUUUUUUUUCACUAUGUGAUUUGAUUUAGUUAGCCAAGAACAUUACCUGAAAAGUCAACCAUGUGUCCUAAGCUACAGGGUGUUACAAUUUAAAAAAAAAAAAGUUUUUGGCUAACUAGUUAAAAAUAUUGUCGAUAAGAAAUUGUAUAUCUCAAAGAUCUAUUUAUCUACUAUCAUAAUCUAUAUUUCAGAUUUUGACUUCAUCACCUUUUCCUGAUAAAUAAACCUUUCUAAGCAGUAGCUUAUUCCACAUAUUUAGCUUUUAUUAAUUUCAAAAUGUACCUACAUGAAUUACUGUAUAACUAAGGUGAUGAAGUUAUUAACAUGGGCAAAUUUAGUUUGAAUUCUUGAAAAAAAAAGACAUCAAUUUUAAUAUAAUACGAAUUCUAACUGGAUUAAGCCGUAAAAGUAAAUACAAAACAGACAUCUGACUCUAUGAAGUACAAAAAGCAUUGCCAUUAGGUGUUAUAGUUAACUGACAUGGUAGUAGCGCAGAGCUAUUUUUUCGCAAGAUGUGUAAUAUUUAUUCUGUAGAAGUAGAAUUUCAUAAUAAUUUAUUGCCCUUAUGUAAAGCUAAUUUCAAAAUACUGAGCGGCAACAUGGGAAUCAAACCACUCUAAAAGAAGAAAAAAAUUAACUUGGUACAAUGUGGUAGGUACCAAGGCAUAAUAAGGUAUGUGCAGCUUCGAAUAUAUAACUUCAACUAUAUUCUUCUCUUCCUCUUCUUCUUUUCAUUAUUUUUUCUUUGUAAUACAUUAAUGGAUGUCUAUGUAUUAGGUACUAGCCAUUUUAACCAACCUAUGGGCGUACUUGGUGUCUAUUCUUCUUUCAAAGAUGGCAAAUACUAUGACAUUAUUAUCUGAAUUUAUGAGUCAAAUAUCCCUUGUAUCAAAGUAUAACAACUUAUUCACUAUGCUCUUAUUUGAAGAAAUUGAAUAUACUUUUUUCAGGUUUCUUCCUACUUUCCUGAAUACUGUUCCAAUAAAAAGCACAAAUUCAUCAAAUAUUAAAUAAAUUAAUAUUGACAAAAAAUAUGUAGCAAAAACGGACAAAUAAAAAAUCAAUCAGAUCUGCGAUUCACAAAUCCACUUUAUCGUUAUAGAUUGUUGAUGUUUUUGAGCUUGGUUGUGUGUUUUUUCUAGGCUUUCUUUACUUACUCUAUUAGCUCCGGUAUCAACCAUCCAAG